AUGGGCUUCGGGCGUGGCUUCGGGGGCAAGUCCCCCCCCCCCCUUCCGCCCCCCGGAGGCACCCCUACCCUCCAUCGUUCCGGGGUCGCCAUAUUGGCUCCCCCUGUCGAGGGGCUCUCUCUCCUGACUACCUGGGCGGAGGGGGCUCUGCCUGACGCGCCUCGCGCGCGCCUUCGGCUCGCCCUUCUCGGCUGCCUUCCGCCCGCCAGACCGGCCAUCUCCCCCGCCGCGCCAACUGGCGCCCCCACCCCCCUCGACCUACCCGGCGGCCUCGCCCGGCCCCUCUCCCAGGGCCGCGACGCGCCACCCGCGGCCCCCCUCGCCCCGGGCCUGGAGGACUAA